CAUCGGGAGAGGUUGCUUCAAGCAAGUCAAGCUGGCUGAAGGCAAAGUUCAUUUACAGGAGAGUUUGCUUAAUUCCGAAACACCAAAUAGUGGAUGCUUUGAAAGCUUAAAGAGUCUGUAUCAACACGGUUUAUCAUCGUAUUCAUGGAGUUAAAAUCACAUCUUUCAUGCGGUUUUAUCAGCGUAUUUUUGUUCCUGUCUAUCUGCUGUUUAAGUGCAGAGGCGCGACCAAUCGAUCAGCCAGAUAGCGAAUCAAGUCAAAAUCAAACAAAGCUCAGCGAUACCAGAGGGAGAUUUCUUAAUGUCUCCGCCGGCAACAGUACGUCGUUGAACCCAACAAUGACACAAUAUCUAACGAAGCAAUUUGUCGUGGCGUUGCCAAACAUCACUGGCAAGUUCAAACAAAAAGAAAUUAUCAGCGUGACUAUCAUCGCUGAGGUGAACAACACCGUGGUCGAAGUUAGAAUACCAACCAUUAACAAUAUUAUGACUUAUCAAGUGGAGAUGAACCAAGUGAUAAAACUUAAUUUUACAAGCGCAAUAAUGCAAUCGUCGUUUGAUGACUCUUCCAACACCAUCAGAACACAGGAAACCAAUUACGACACGGCGUAUAAAAUACAAGAGACACAAAGCAAACAACUCCAGCAAUACAGAUCAGCAACUAUUAUCUUAGCAGUAUUGUGCGCUCUAAUGUUCCUGGCUCUCUCAUUCCUAACACUGCGACGCAGAGCAGCACGGAGUACGUCGAAGAAACCAGAGGAGGUUGCAUUUGAAGUUGUCAAGCAAGCAGUAGAAAGUGAGUACCAGAGCAUACGUGGGUUGCCAAGACGCGAGACUGGGAACUCGUAUGGCUACGAGACGGUAAAGCCCAGGCUUCCCCAACCACGGUCGACUAUAAACUAUCUCAUACAGUCCAACGAAAACGAAUACGAAAACCUCAAGGCAAAUGUUCGUGAAAGUGACGUGUAUGUGCCGAUGGAUGAAGCGCUUGUCGCAAGUACGCUGACCGGAAGUACAGCGGUGCUUUCCGACGAGAAUGAAGACUUGUACCUCACCAUGAAAAAACUUAUAAGAACGCCAGAAGAUGAGGCAGAUAACAUAACUUGUGAGCUCACAAAUAUCUAAAAUUUCCUCAGAGUCAUUGACUUCCAAGAACGGUUCUUCCUCUUGAUUCGUAAUUUAGUGGCUUCGCUUACAAGAGUAGCGUUUUUGGAUCAUUUCUUAUCAAAAGGUGUGCAAUUAUUGCACUAUGGAAAAUCACAUACUUCAAGAGGCGAUUCGGCUGAUCAUUCAACCCACUAUUUACAAGUCCUAGAAAAGAGAUCUCAGGACACACAGGAUAAACUGGACGCUAGCUAACAA